GUAGAGGGUAAGGUUAGGGAGGAGAGCGGCGGCCAUCAUUGUUAUUGUGGCGGCGCCCGAGACCCAGACCGAGACCAAGCGGGGAUGGCUGACGUGGAAAGCUCAAAAGUGGAGAUGCCGGACUUUGUGGAUCCUGGCGGCUACGGGGAGGUGUCCGGGCAGAUGGCCAUGCCGGGCGCCGUGGGCAAGACUGAGGCCGAGGAGUACAAUACACUGGAUGAGCCUGUCAGGGAGACUAUAAUGAGAGACCUGCGAGCGGUGGGCACCAAGUUCUACCACGUCCUGUACCCCAAGGAGAAGAAAGCACUGUUGAAGGAGUGGGACCUCUGGGGACCUCUCAUACUCUGCACAUUUCUGGCCAUGAUGGUCCAAGGGUCUCAGGAGGUCGACAAACAGGAUGGAGGGCCAGAAUUUGCACAGGUUUUUGUCAUUGUGUGGGCCGGCGCCGCUGUGGUCACCAUGAACACUAAGCUACUGGGAGGAACCAUCUCGUUCUUCCAGUCGGUGUGUGUGCUGGGCUACUGCCUCCUCCCCUCCUGCCUCUCGCUCAUCCUGUGUCGCCUCAUCCUCAUCGCGCCCCCAAACAAGAUCCUCUUCGUCAUCAGGUUCUUCGUCACUUGCAUCGGCUUUGUCUGGGCCACUUUCGCCGCCAUGGUGUUCCUGGGAGACAGCCAACCCAGCACCCGCAAAGCUCUGGCUGUGUACCCAAUCUUCCUUUUCUACUUCAUAAUAUCCUGGCUCAUCAUCUCCCACUCCAAUGUGUGAUGCAGGUAUAAGCACGUAGCAUAGAGGUGUUGGUAGGUAGGUAGGUGUGUUUGUGUGUGUGUUGAAUGGGAGAGAGAGAGAAUGGAGUUGUAAUGUGUGAAGAUUUUGAUGUAUAGGAAGUUUAUAUGGAGAGAUAAUGUGUUUGAAUGAGUGAUUAUGAGGGAGAAAGAGAGAGUGAGUGGAUGGAAGUAGUUGUAAUUUAUGGAGAUGCAGUUUUAUUUGUUUUAUAUGGGAAGAUAAUGUGUGAAUGAGUGAUUAUGAGAGAGAGUGUGUGUGUGUGUGUGUGUGUGUGUGUGUAAGAGAGAGGACUAGAGUAUAUAUAGGAAUUGGAACACAUAUGCAAAUCAUAGUUACAUUUCCAGUGUCAAAACAGACUAAGAGAUUGCGUUAGAGCAUGAGAGUGAGAGAGAGACUUGAAUAUGACAUUAAUUUUGAGAGAAAGUGAGUGAAUAUGCACAAGAAAGAGAGAGAUAGAGAGAGAGAGAUAGGACUUAGGGCAUUUUUAGGGCUUGGUUAUUCCUCGUCUCAGCAACCACUUUGAGACGAGACAGAGACGAGAGACAUACUGUGUGAUAUCUGCACCGCUUUUAAAACUAUUCCAUGUGUGAGGCUUUCCGUUCUUGGCCCAGUGACCGCUUUAUAUAUAUAUAUAGAUUUAUUUACGUUUUUUGUUACGCUCAGAUUUUACACGAUGAUAAUAUAUGAGUAGCGACAUUCCUUCCUCAUGUUUAUUGACCUUCAUCCAUCAUCUGCAUCAUAGUUACCCCCUUCCCUUGGUGUGUGAUUCAUACAAGCUUGCAUACAGUGCUUUCUUUCCUUCCUUUCUUCUUCGUAAGUGAGUGUGUAUUGAAGGUUCAUGGUGGUAAACGUAUUGGGCUCCCAUUACACCUCUGUUUCCCAAGGCCGCAGUGAAAAGUAACUGGGUUUUCAUGGGGGUGAUUUUAACUGUUCAACGUACCCCACUAUGACUGUUUUCCCAAGGCCACAGCGAAGAGUAACCGGGUUUCCAUGGGGGUGUGAUUUUGACAGUUUAACGUACCAAGCCCCCAUUACAACUGUUUCCCAAGGCCACAGAGAAGAGUAACUGGGUUUUCAUGGGUGGUUUUAACAGUUCAAGGUUCAGAGGCCUUGUCAAACUAUCACCAGCAUUACAAAACAGUCCAUGUGAAGACUUACCAGGUUUUUAUGGUUGAGUUUUCCCAUUCAAAGUGUAGAGGUCAUGUCAGACUAUCACGGGCAUCACAAAACAGUCCAUGAGAAUCCCAGAACUUCCUUCCACCAGAGGCUUUUCAAACAGACAAAAUGAGGGACCAAUACGUUUAAUAAGAUGGACUUUGUAAGGGUGUAGGGUAUGUCUGUCAGUCUGCACACAUUAUCGUAUUUGCCGCCUUCUCGUAUCAGGGGAAAAAUUGAAGGGAGUAAUAAAGAACAGGAGGAAUAGGCAGAAAGGAAAAUAAGCAGGGUAAGAUACAGAAAAAGAUUAGAAAAAGGAAGGGAAGACAACUGGAAUACACAGAAAUAAAAAAAAUAGAUAAGUUAGAGGAGAGAGGAGCCACAUACUUGCAUCCUUCUUGUAUCAGGGGAAGAAUGAGAGGAAAAAUGUGUGCAAACUGGCAUAUCGUCACCUUCGUUAACAAACCGCCCAAGUCAUUAUUUUCUACUUUACAGGAAAUCAGAAAAAAAAAAUGUCUAUCUCAUUUGGCUUAAGAUUUAGGCAGAAAUGAAAAGGUCAAUUCUAGAACACUCAAACUCUGAAUGACGAAGGCAACUCUACAAAAAUGGGCGUCACGUGUUGGAUAUAAUUGAUGUAGACAAAAACAUGGAAAUCGCUAAAAAAUGACUUAGGCGAUUAUUUUAUGAGGGUGACGAUGUAACCUAACUCUUUGAACCAUACUUAAGGUGCUUGUUGAUUAGGGACCAGUGAGCCAAGGUGUGAGUUGGGAAAGUCAGGUUCUUUCAUUCAACUGAGGAGAGCACUUGUAUAUAUAAAUAAAGCACCUCUUGACA